AAAAAGAUUCAGUGUUUUUUGAUUUAAUAGUAUAAUUUUGAAUUGAAGUGUAUCAUCAGAAAAAAGAAUAUGGAUUAUUUGAUCGGAUUAUGUAUCGUCCUAAUGGCAGGUGCUAACGUACUUGCUAUAGAGUGUCCUCUACCGGGCGAUUCAAUAACAUUUUAUCCUGAUUACACAAAUUGCUCCAGAUACAUCGAAUGUUACAAAGGAGAGGCUAGUUUAAUGUCAUGUCCUGACGGUUUAUGGUGGAAUCAAAAAUACUUAACUUGCGAUUAUCCAAAGGACGUAGAUUGCAAAACUGAUCCUACAGCUACGACACCAUCUACUCACAGUACUUCCGAAGGAACUACCUCUUCAGGAUGGACACCGGAUCAUCAAUGUCCGUAUCCAACGGAUCAAAUAACCUACGAUUACGAUCCGUUCGAUUGUCAAAAAUAUUAUGAAUGCGAUCACGGAAACAGAUACUCGAUGACUUGUCCCGACGGUUACCUUUGGAAUCACAUCAACAAUUAUUGCGAUUUUCCCGAAAACGUCGAUUGCUCGCGUACUAUUACGACUCCAAAACCGAUUUGCGACGACCAAGACGGAACUUUUUACGCCAACACGACCGAUUGUACGAAAUACAUCGAAUGCGUUAACGGAGAAGCCAAGGAUUUGACGUGUCCUGACGAUACGUGGUGGGACGAAAUUAGAUUAACCUGCGAUUAUCCUGAAUACGUCGAUUGUAAAGCUGAAAAAAAUUAAUCAAAACAUUUAAAUAUGUACAAUAAAAGUUGUUAUCGAUUGAAUUUUUAUUCAAAAAAAUUUGAGGUUAGGUUUGAUAUUAUUUUCGAUUAUUUAAUAACAUUUUUCAAAUAAUCGAGUCUCGUUAACUGUUCUUCCAAUAAUAUAAUCUAAAACAAAAAAAUAAUUAAUAAAUACAAAAAUUAAAAAUCAAAAAAUCACCUUUUUCGAAUGAAUUUCUCGUUUUUCCAAACCGACGUUCAUUUUAUACGUAGACCCCGAUACCAUCUUCUUAAUUUUCUCCAAUUCCUUCUCCAAUUUUUUCUUCUUCUUUUCCAUUUUAUCCAAAUCGAAUUGUAACGUUUUUCGAAUUUCCUCAGACAUUUCCAAAUAUAUUUUCGUUUCGCCGAUUUUAUCUUUAAGGCAAUUUUUCGAAAAAUCAUCCUUUACUUCGUUCGAUACUUCGAUAUCGUUAAAACCGGUUAAAUCUUGUAUUACCGUCGAAUUGUUUGUUAUACAAAUCGAUGACGUCGAAAUUAAUACUAAAACGAAAUAUUACAUUUUGGCGGACGCGAUUUUUUUCUUCUACGAUAUUUCCUAUAAUUCGAAUGUUCUAGACGUAAUUUUAAUGUAUAAACCGGAAUUAUAACCAAUUUAACUCACGUUUCGGUUGCGUCUUGACGCUAACGUUGAAAAUCUUCUUCAAUCUUCUUAUCGCCGCUACGAUUUCCAAAAUAUCUUCAACGUUUUUCUCCAGAUUAUCGUCGAGGUAAUUCAAUUUCUAACGGGGAAAAUUUUUAUAAUUAAAACACGUCGUUAUUUAAAAUAUUAAAUGACGUACUUGAGGAAAACAGAAUAUUUUUUCUUCUCCCGGUAAUUGAGGUAAACGGGAAUGUAGAUGUUCGGUUAAAUAGGGCAUGAAAGGCCCUAAAGCUCUUAAGGCAACGUCCAAACACGUCAAAAGUGUCCGUACAUGACCAGGCGCCUUUGAGCUACUUUCGGAACAACGUAAACCUCUUUUAGUCGUUUCCUAACAACACUUUUCAAUUAAAAAAAAAAAAAAAUUGAACGUUUCAUUUUGUUUUUAUGUGGAUUCCAAAACAUUUUUCAAAAUUAUAUGAGAUAAUGUAAAAUAUUGUAUAUAAAAGAAAAAUUCAAAUAAAUUUUGUCUAUAAUCAAAUCAAAUCAAAAAAGUGUCAAAUACUUACCAAAUAAAUAUCACAAAAUUCGAAAUACAGAAAUUUUUUUAAAGCGUU